CUAAACUUUAACGAGGAAAUGCAGCCCUACAACAUUUAGGGAGGUUUAACUUUAGUUUUACAGAUCUUUUGUGCGGGUUCAUUUUUAUGUCGGCAAAUAUCGGACACUAAGCUAAUUUUGGCGAGCGUGUCUGCCAGUAGAAACGGGAACAGCAGGUGUAAGUGGUUACAAAGAAAACAGUGCAGCAGACAUUUGGAGCGCCAUAAUGCAGAGGCUUCAGGUUUUGAAACAGGAUUUCUUCAGCUUGAAUACCACGCAGCACCUUAUCAUAGGGUCAGCCGUGGCAGCAGGGGGAUUACUGGCAUACCUGGUGCAUAAAAGAAGACAAAUCAAAAGUAUUCCUCUUGGUGAAGGAUGGUGGGGAGCUGGAGACAAACCACUGUCAGAGGAUGAUAAAAUUUAUCCCUUUCAGGUGCAGACCUCAGAUCAAGAGAUUGAGGACCUUCAUGAACGCAUUGACAAAACCCGCUACACUGAUCCCUUAGAGGACAGCUGCUUCCAGUAUGGCUUCAAUUCCACUUAUCUGAAGAAAGUGGUGCACUACUGGAGGAAUCAGUUUGACUGGAAAAAGCAAGUGGCAGUGCUCAAUAAGUAUCCACAUUUCAAGACGAAAAUAGAAGGACUGGAUGUGCACUUCAUCCAUGUGCGACCGCCACAUCGCGAGGGUCAGAGGGUUUUGCCUCUCAUGCUUGUCCACGGCUGGCCCGGCUCAUUCUACGAGUUCUACAGGAUCCUACCACUGCUCACAGAGACCCAAGAUGGCCUUGCAUUUGAGGUCAUAUGCCCGUCCAUCCCUGGCUAUGGCUUCUCAGAGGCCCCGCACAAACAAGGGUUUGACAGUCUGGCUGCUGCCCGGGUUUUCCUGACUCUGAUGGAGCGUUUGGGAUUCUCACAGUUCUACCUGCAAGGAGGGGACUGGGGCUCCCUCAUCACUACCAACAUGGCACAGAUGAAGCCACAGAGUGUGAAAGGUCUCCACGUUAACAUGAUGAUGUCAAGUAGGGGAUUAAAGGUACUGUUGUCGCUCUUGAUUGGUCCCUACCUGCCCUUCCUGGUGGGCCUCACCCGAGAAGAUGUCCGCCGGUUGUUCCCGUUCUUUGAGAGGAAUGUCUAUGAGAUUCUGAGGGAAUCGGGCUACAUGCACAUUCAGGCCACUAAACCAGACACUGCAGGCUGUGGAGUGAAUGACUCUCCUGUUGGUUUGGCUGCCUACAUCCUGGAGAAGUUUUCCACCUGGACUGACCUCAAGAACAAAGAUCUAGUGGAUGGUGGCUUGGAAAGAAAAUUCAGCCUGGAUGACCUGCUGACAAAUGUCAUGAUCUACUGGACCACGGGCUCCAUAGUGUCCUCCAUGCGCUUCUACAAAGAGAACCUCAAGACAAACAUUGACAACAGAGUGGAUUCAAGGGUAGGGAUAUUUGUCCCCUCUGGUCUGGCAGCUUUCCCUGGUGAGCUGAUGCACUGCCCUCGUUCAUGGGCAGCAAUUCGGUAUCGAAACAUCCGCUCCUACACUUUCAUGCCUCGAGGUGGCCACUUUGCUGCCUUUGAGGAGCCCAAGCUGCUAGCCAGUGACAUUGUUCAGUUUGUUAAGAAAGUGGAGAAGUGCUAAGCCUGUUAAUGCACUCAAACCAGUGUAAUUAUCAUAUUUUGCUUCAUACUGGUGUCAAAUUUUAAUUCAUUACAAAAUGGAAAACAGAUGCAAAUCCUUGUUACUCCUGUCAUUACCACUCUACCUACUGCUUGUUUUGCCUCUAAAAUCACAGCAUUGUGAAUUAAAUUAGACAUCGCUUCACUUGGUCGCUUCACUUGGUUUUAGAGCUGCAGUGAUUAAUCCAAUAAUCAUUUAGUUUCCAAAUAAUAAUCACUAUUAUCAACUAUUUUGAUAACUGGUUAAUCAUUUUGAGUCAUUUCUACAAAUUUCCAAAUUCUCCAUUUCCAGCUUCUCAAAUGUGACUAUUUCUGGCUUCUUUAGUCAUCUAUGACAGGAAACUAAAUAUCUUUGGCUUGUGGGCUUUUCUGAUGUUUUAUGGACCAAACAUCUACUCAGUUAAUCAAGAGCACAAUUGACAAAUUAACUGAUAGUGGAAAAAUAAUGCAGCUGUCAUUUGUUUUCAUUCAUGUAAAGGAAUGUAUUGACACUACUGAUACUCCAGUCUCAAAAGAGUUGCACUAAAAACACUAAGCAACAUUAAUGCACUAAAAGAAACUAAAAUGCUAAAUUAAACAUGAUUU